AUGCAUCGGUGGAGUCCUCUGUUGGUGCCGCUGCGCCGGGAAACGGCGGAAGAGAGUACGGGGCUGGUGCGCAUCAAUCGGAUGCAACCAGUGGGACUGCGGGAGGUACGGGCGGCGAUGCCCCAGUCCUUGGCAUGUCCAGCGUUGGGGUUGGGAGUGGUAGUCCUGCAGGCGAAGGCUCAGGCUUGAACCCUAGUGCAACUGAUGUUGAUCGGGUUGGGAGUAGUGGUCUCUUAGACUCAGGCUUGAACCCUGAUGCAUCUACAGUAAAUCAUUCCUCUGUUGGUGAUGCAAAAUUUUGGUUCGAUCGGAAUUGGGAGUGGGGGACCAGGUAGCCAGUCUUUCAUGCCGCCCCCGUCUACUCUAUCGAGUGAGUGGUGGGAACAUGCCGCCAGUGGAAACACACUGAUCCCUGGGGCCCGCAUUUCAGACACAGGAGAUAAGUUGGGCAGGAGCCCUUUUAUAGCUCCCGAAGCUCCUGUUUUCGACGGGUAUGAUGUCUCGUAUCCUUCGUGGUCGCAGAACGUUUUGCUGAGUGCCCGUCACAAUAAUCUGUAUGAAGCGGUUGUGUCAAUGCAUAACAUUCCGAUUGCAGGCAUUGGAUUCGAUUUGACCCCCUUGGUAGUUUCUGUUUGACUGCCUGAAGAAAGACUCCUUCAAAAACCAUGGCUAGGCAUGCCGGAUCCCCCAGCAAGGUAUUUCGAGUGUUGAAUGAUCACUUUCUUCCUUUGAGUCAGAGUCAGAUCCGUGUACAAGCAGAGAAACUCAAGUCGCUUCGUAUGCGUCCGAAUGAGAACCCCUCAACCUCCUUCGCGUCUAUAAGAGAGACUCUUGGUGUUCUGCAGAUGCUAGAAGUUGGGAAGGAUGACAGGGAGGUGUGCACCCUGAUGCUCGAGGGACUAUCCCAAGAGGAUAAGACUUUGCGUGAGACUCUUGUAGUUUUUUGCUCAAACGACCCUGUGUUCAUCGAGACGAAAGUACGCAAGAGAUACCUUGACUUGCAGAUACAAGUGAAUGUGAAGAAGCACAGUGUUGCGCUUGUGUCUAGGGGAGAAAAGAAGAGCAACAGGGAAUCAAACUACUCCAAGUCGAAAACUAACUCUGGAUCAGAUUCGUCCAAGAAGAAGUUCCAGGGGACGUGUUUCAACUGUGGGGAGAAGGGUCGUAUGAGAUCGGACGGCCUGGCUCGUGUGAUCCCUCAUCCCUCCCAGACUGGGAAAUCCAAGGACGAUGAGGAUGAGAUCGGUGAGAACUCUAACUUUAUGUUGCGAAGUCAUGAAAGGUUUCGCAUGCUGCGAAAUCAUAAAAGGUUUCGACAAUCGAAGUCUAGCUUCGCGAUCCUAUCUCAUGACAAUCUGCCCAAAUCGUAUGGUGCGCGCAUGAAGGCAUUUUACACGAAGUGAUGAGAGAGAACUCGCGUAGAGAUGGUGCUUUUCGCAAAUAUUCUUCUACUGCUAGGAAGGACAGUCGCAUCGAUGAUUGGUAUGCAGAUACGGGUACAGCUUUCCACAUGACAGACCGUCUCUCUUGCAUGAAGAANUCGGUGAGAACUCUAACUUUAUGUUGCGAAGUCAUGAAAGGUUUCGCAUGCUGCGAAAUCAUAAAAGGUUUCGACAAUCGAAGUCUAGCUUCGCGAUCCUAUCUCAUGACAAUCUGCCCAAAUCGUAUGGUGCGCGCAUGAAGGCAUUUUACACGAAGUGAUGAGAGAGAACUCGCGUAGAGAUGGUGCUUUUCGCAAAUAUUCUUCUACUGCUAGGAAGGACAGUCGCAUCGAUGAUUGGUAUGCAGAUACGGGUACAGCUUUCCACAUGACAGACCGUCUCUCUUGCAUGAAGAAUCUGAU